CAUCUAACCUGAGAACAACUCGUUUUGAUUCAAGUUUGUUUUCUAAUUACCUUCGUUCAGAACUAAACCAAGAUGAAGCUCCUCAUUGUAACACUUUGCGUUCUUGCUGCACUUAUCCCUGCUGCUCUAUCCAUCAAGUGUUAUUCCUGCGAGAGCGAGAAUGGAAACUGUGUGGAAGGGGAGAAAACGUGCCAAACUAAAUAUGAUAGGUGCCUUAAAGGGACGAAAGAUAAUAAGGUUUCUAAGAGCUGCUCUACCAGCCUUUGGUGCAGUACCGUCAAAAAACUUUGCAAGAGCUCAGGAGAUUGUGAAGCCUAUUGCUGUGACAGUGACCUGUGUAACGGAGGUGUACCCUUGAAGCCUGUGACGUUCACGACUCUCCUUGCCAUGACUCUUGCCGUUGCUAAGUAUUUGAUGUAACCAUGACAACGGGAUAUGACAAAAGAGCAGAUCUUUGUCAAGCACCUUAACGUAGCUUUUUUCAAUGUAGAAAGUGUUUGUCAUUUAGAUUAUGGCAUCAGAUCAUCAUCGAUCAUAAUCACAUUCUUCAAUAUAAAAUAAGGUAGAGAACAAU